GCGACAUGAAGCUUUGGGGCCGAGUGCUGAGGCCGCUGCUGUCCUGCCCAGAAAGGAUCAGGGGUGCGCAGGGCUCGACUUCAUCCAGCUCAGGGCAGUCCCAUGUACCGUUGGCUGGGCUAUGGAGUGCCACAGGGCUGGUCAGCCACUGGACAGAGGUCUUUAAGAAGAGAGGCAUCCCUGAAGCCCGGGAAUCCAGCGAGUACAUCGUGGCUCAUGUCCUUGGAGCCAAAACAUUUCAGAGCCUGAAGCCAGUGCUUAGGACCCAGCCUCUGACCCCUUGGCAACUUCGGCGUGUCCAGGAGCUGUGUAGCCACCGACUGCAAAGGAUGCCCGUGCAGUACAUCCUUGGCGAGUGGGAUUUUCGAGGACUCAGUCUGAAGAUGAUGCCCCCGGUGUUCAUUCCUCGUCCGGAGACAGAGGAACUGGUUGAGUGGGUACUGGAGGAGGUACCCCAGAGUCCAUGUGUGACAAGAGCCCAGGGUGGCCCCCUCAUUCUGGAAGUGGGCUGUGGAUCCGGAGCCAUUGCUCUCAGCCUACUGAGCCUGCUGCCAGAGAGCCAAGUCAUUGCUGUGGAUCAGGGGGAGGCUGCCAUCCGUCUGACCCACAAGAAUGCUCAGAGGCUUCAGUUGCAGGACAGGAUUCGGAUCGUCCGCCUUGAUGUGACCUUAGAGGGGAGCUGGACACACCUUCUACCCUGGGGCCCUGUGGACCUCAUCGUCAGCAACCCUCCCUACAUCUUCCACCAGGACAUGGAACAGCUGGCCCCAGAGAUUCGCAGCUAUGAAGAUGUGGCAGCCCUAGACGGUGGGGAGGAGGGUAUGGAUGUCAUCACGCAUAUCCUGUCUCUGGCACCCUGGCUCCUGAAGGACUCUGGCAUCUUCUUGGAAGUGGAUCCAAGGCAUCCAGAGCUUGUCAGCAGCUGGCUUCAGAGCCGGCCUGGCCUGCCCCUCAGUCUCAUGGCUGUGCGCAAGGACUUCUGUGGGAGGUCCCGGUUCCUGCAUAUCCGGAGAUCUGGGCCAUAGCGUGGCUGCCCUGCGAUGCCUGGUCACGGCCCCAGCCUGCCCCAGUGCCUUGCUGGCUCAGGGAGGAUAGUCACUUGCUAGGAUUCAGAGUAUUUGGGACAUUUCUCAUGGUUCUGGGAGUCCCAUGCUCAACAUUGCUGGGAGGCCUGGGAUAGAAACAAGGUUGGGAUGUUCUUGCUGGGACAGCUAAGAGCAGGCACAGCUCCUGUUUAGCUUGGGAGCUCAGUAGACCUGGCCUCCUGGUCUGGCUUCCUGUAUGUUAGUGUGUCUGAAUGCAGAUUCUUAGCAUCUGUUCAUGGAUUUGCUGUGGGGGAAUUGAGCAAUAUGGCCAGUAAAGUAUAGAGAAACUGACAAAUGGUGAUCCAGUCUCUGGUAUUGAUUGUGGUUCCCUGCCCCUUGUACCCAGGUAGUGCUGGGAGUGAGAGCUUU